UCUCUGAUGGCGUUGAAUGGGGCGGAAUCCGCGGUGCUGCUCGCGUCUCCAGACUCGUUUCUCCCGGAAGUGGGUGGUUAAGUCGCCACUCGGUCACUGCUGGCUAACGAGCGAUCGCUGGGAUGAAGGAGAGUCGGGGACAUUCUUGGGGCUGACAGAUAUCCGACGACACAGUUGUGAAAUUUCAUUUUUAACCAGUUAGUUGCGGUAUAUCCGCAGAAAUCCACCACAAACGCUCGGAAAAAAGGCUCAGACACCCCGCCGCCAAGAUGAUGGAAGAAAUUGACAGAUUUCAAGUGCCGACUGAGGCGGAGAUGCAGCCUUUCGAUCCAGCAUCAUCAACUACAUCAGAGGCAGACUCAGAUACCAGAGAGAGUGAACCUGCCACGCUCAACUACAAACCAUCUCCUCUCCAUAUGAAGAUUGACAAACAGAGAGAGCUGGUAAGGAAAGGAUCACUGAAAAAUGGAAAUGCUGCAAGCCCUGUCAAUCAACAACCUAAGAAAAAUAAUGUGAUGGCUAGAACAAGGCUAGUGGUUCCCAAUAAAGGCUAUUCUUCUUUAGACCAGAGUCCAGAUGAGAAACCUUUAGUUGCUCUAGACACAGACAGCGAUGACGACUUUGACAUGUCUAGAUAUUCCUCGUCAGGAUACUCGUCAGCCGAGCAGAUAAACCAGGAUCUGAACAUCCAGCUGCUGAAAGAUGGAUACAGGCUGGAUGAGAUCCCCGAUGAUGAAGACCUGGACCUCAUACCGCCCAAAUCCGUCAACUCCACCUGCAUGUGCUGCCAGGCCACCUCCUCCACUGCUUGUCAAAUCCAGUAAAUCCCUUUCAUAACCACAGAUAACACAUCUAAUCAAUAUUACAGAAGGAAAUGUACAGUAAACAUUAUGAUGAACAGGAAAAUGUGAACACACACACACUUACUCUAAACAUAUGAUUAUUAUUGGUUGCUUCCUCCUAUGGCAGGAUAUGCACUGUUUGCUAAUACGCUAGAAGAGUCUGCUCACUUUCACCUCCUAGCAGGCAUUGUGUUAUACUGUACAAGUGAACGUAGAACAAAUAAAGCAUUCAAGUUGCUUUAAUUGUGAAUUUUAAAAAAACUACUCGAUGUUCCAGAGAGUUUGAAAUAGCUUAUCCACUGAAUUCUCUGCUUUUAUGUUGCACUCAUCGCAUUAACGUCGUCGUUAUGGUAAGAUUUGAUUUUCGUAUGGAUUCUGGUUGGAUGUUUGUUGUUCGUGGCUGCUAUUGAGGCUAAAUUUGGGUCCGUUUCUGUUGAACAUUUUUUGCAUGUUGGUGCAUUGGUACUGCAGCGCUAAUGUUAGCCUUGUCUGGCAUGCACCUGGACAUCACACACUUUGUUUGGUUUCACCUGUGUGGAUUUUGUUGAAUCAUGUUUGAAACUCCACUUGAUAUGAGAUGUGAAAGAAAAGGAGUAUACACAGGAACCCAUUAUUGGGAGUUUUAUCUAGCUAGACUGUUGUUAUUUUGGUCAGACUUUACAAUAAGGUUUCAUUAGCUAAUGCUAGUUGAUGUAUUUAUUAACAUGAGCUAAGAGAGAACGAUACUUGUGCAGCAUUUGUUUAUCAUAGUUCAACAUUUACUAAUUCAGUAUUAAUUCACAUUAAUGAAUACUGUAAUAAAAUGUAUCCUUCAUUGUUUGUUCAUGUUGUAAAUACAUUUAAUUACUAGUACAAGUAAGUAAUGUGUAUUCAUAUAGCGCAUUUAUUGUGUAUGACCAUACACCCAAAGCGCUUCAAGAUCAUGGGGGGGUCUCACCAGUGUGCAGCAUCUGAAGAGGUAGACCGGAGAGACAGUGAUAGAGCCAAUUUGAUGGAUGGGGAUGAUUGGGAGGCUAUGAUGGGUAUUUGGUCAGGACAGCGAGGUUACACCCCUACUCUUCACUAAAGGGGUGUCCAAGCUCAGUCCUGGAGGGUUUAGGGUUUAACUCCUGCUGAGUUUAGCUCCAACUUGCUUCAACACACCUGCCAGGAAGUUUCUAUUACAUCUAAUAAGAGCUUGAUUAGCCAGUUCAGGUGUGUUUGAUUAAGGUUGAAGCUAGACUCUCCAGGACACCGGCCCUCCAGGACCGACUUUGGACACCCCUGCUUGACGAGAAGUGCCAUGGGAUUUUUAAUGACCACAGAAAGUCAGUACCUUGGUUUAACGUCUCAUCCGAAAGACGGCGCUCACUGAAAGUACAGUGUCCCCUCACUAUACUGGGGCGUUAGGACAGACCGCAGGUUGAGUGAACCCUGCUGGCCUCACUAACACCACUUCCAACAGCAGCCUAGUUUUCCCAAAUGGUCUCCCAUCCAGGUACUAACCAGGCUCAGUUCUGCUUAGCUUCAGUGAGUAAGUUGGGCUGCAGGGUGAGAUGGCUGUGACAACCUUAUUGUAAAGUGUUACCAUAAUUUUCACAGUAAGCUAUCACGAUAAAGACGAUAAAACGGUUAGAUAAAGACCUUUCUGUUUUUCAAAGGUCAAUCAAUGGGUAUGAUUUAAUCGCUGUUUUGACAUUUUAAGGAUACUUUUCUGUUUCUUAGACACAGACAUGGUGUAUAUUUAAAACACGUGUUAGCUUUCUUACAUUAAGUAUUGUUUUAUUCAGAAUAAAUAACACACACGAGAAGGCACCAAAGAAUGUUGUUGGAAUCAUUUUACACUGUGCGAAAAGUCAUUUCUAAUUUAUAUCCGAUGAUCACUGCGUUUCACUGGAAAUCAGUUCAUUAUGGGCUGUUUAAAUUAAAAGCACUGUUUUCUUUUAGCCUAUGAAACUCAACUAAGAAUGUUAAUGUUAACGCUAAUAUGUUCAAAUUCCCUGGCCUAUCCUUGCAUCUAUUAUUAUUAAUGAGGAAACUGCACAGUUUGUCUAUACAUUGUAUUGUUUUCUAAAUCUUCCCCUUUCGUUCAGCUUUAAAAGCCAUUUUCUGUGUUCUCUUUACACGCUACAUACUAUCCCGAUCAAGCUGUAUCACAGAAAGCAAGCGAUUCUCAUUUUAGCUGCUCAUGUUCACUUUUUGGUCUGUUUGAACUUUGACUAAAAUGUGUAAUGAUGACCUGAUGUAUUCAAUUCAAAGCGUAAUCAAAGGUGAGCAUUCGUUGGACAAAAGCUGUGUUUUUAUGUUAUGACUAUGUGAGAAAGUCCAUUUAUGUAUUAACAAUGUUGUUAUCGGUUUCAGUGAUAUCAAUAAAAGCAGAUCUGAAUUACA